CUUGCUAAGAGCAUCACAGAGGGACGCGAAGCAUCGGGGGCGCGGGACAGGACCAUUCCCGUCGGAUUGCGGCCUUUCUCAGACGCACUUCUGUUCCCUCGGCCGGGGAGCCGGAGGCCUGGGGCGCCCCUUCCGCACCGGGCCGCGUUUUCCGCCGAGAGCAGGGGCACCAUGAGCGGGGACCCAGUGAACUUCAGCGAUGCCUUCAGUCUGAAUGAGGAUUAUUUCGGGUCGGGUAACAGUUCAGACUACGUACUUGACGACAAUGCCUUGCUGUGCUCCUUGCAGGAGGUCAGGACGUUCUCUGGGCUGUUCGUGCCCAUCGCCUACUCCCUGAUCUGCAUCUUUGGCCUCCUGGGCAACGUUUUGGUGGUGGUCACCUUUGCUUUCUACAAGAAAGCCAAGUCUAUGACAGACGUGUACCUGUUGAACAUGGCCGUGGCCGACAUACUGUUUGUCCUCACGCUCCCGUUCUGGGCCGUCAGCCACGCCACCGGCACGUGGCUCUUCAGCAACGCCACGUGCAAGCUGAUGAAGGGCAUCUACGCCGUCAACUUCAACUGCGGCAUGCUGCUGCUGACCUGCGUCAGCACGGACCGCUACAUCGCCAUCGUCCAGGCCACCAAGUCCUUCCGGCUGCGGUCCAGGGCGCUGGCACACCGCAGGGCCAUCUGCCUCGUGGUCUGGGGGGCGUCCGUCCUCAUCUCCAGCUGGACGUUCAUGUUCAGCCAGAAGUACAGCGUGCAGGGCGGCGCCGUGUGCGAGCCGCGCUUCCAGGCCGUCUCGGACCCCGUCCGCUGGAAGCUCCUGAUGCUCGGGCUCCAGCUCCUCUUCGGCUUCUUUGUCCCGCUGGUCUUCAUGAUAUUCUGCUACAUGUUCAUCGUCAGAACCCUGGUGCAGGCCCAGAACUCCAAGCGGCACAAGGCCAUCCGCGUGAUCAUCGCCGUGGUGCUCGUGUUCCUGGCUUGCCAGAUCCCGCACAACAUGGUGCUCCUGGUGACGGCCGCGCAGCUGGGCAGGACGGACCGCUCCUGCCAGAGCGCCCGGCUGCUGGCCUACAGCAAGAACGUCACCGAGGUGCUGGCCUUCCUGCACUGCUGCCUCAACCCCGUGCUGUACGCCUUCAUCGGCCAGAAGUUCCGCAGCUACUUCCUGAAGAUCGUGAAGGACCUGUGGUGCCUGCAGAGGAAGCAGAAGGCGUCCGGCUUCUCCUGCUCCAGGCUGCACUCGGAGACCUUCACCUCCAGGCAGAACAGUGAGACCGUGGACAACGAGAACGCCUCGUCCUUCACCAUGUGACCGGCCGCGGCCCCGCGUGGGCUUGGACUCGGGACCCCGUCGUCCCACAGGGCUGGCCGCGGAGCCUCAGGUCCGCGGGGCUGCCGGGGUCCCCGCGCGGCGCGUCCCCACUCUCCUUCCCCGCAGCCCUGAGCCCCUGGGGCUCCCGCGGCUGGUGCUCCCCGAAGCAGAGCGAACUGCUGAGAGGCGUGGACGUUUUCCGGAGCAGUCGUGAAACGGCCCCCGGAGCGCGAUUUCUCCCCGUCACGGCCAACGGCUGCGGGGUCUGCAAAACCCAAGCGGAGCCCGUCGCGUGAGAGCCGCUCGCAGUCGCGCAGGCACAGCUGAAGCCCGCUCCCCGGGCUGGAGAAGCGGCCUGCGGAGAUGGAACAGAGCAGGCGGUGACGGCCAUCAGGAAAGCGUGUGUUUGCCUUAUUUCCCUGGGAAAACGGUCUCUGCAAGUGAUAAUCCUCCUCCACAAAUCUGCUCGACGGACAGAGUUCCACCAAGAUGCACACAGACGGCACCCUUCUAGCACCCUGACGGGCUUAAUAAAUAGUUGUUAACAAA